AUGGUAUCAAGUGAGGAAACAAGAAGACUCCUCGUGAACAUGUGCUGGUUCAUAGACUUAGACUGUAUGGAAUCAGUGGAUCUGAUACUGAAAACAGGACUGAAAAGGUGGCUACAAGAAGGAAGAGCUGGUGAAAUGGGAGUAGUGAGAAUGGCAGCAGUUGCUAGGCAUUACACAAGAGUAGGAGAGGUAGAAAUGGCUGAGAAAGUGCUAGAAGCAAGGGAGACCGAAGGAGAGGAAGAAGGAGGACGAGAGUACGUGGUGGAAUACGCCAGAAAGCAGGCUGAGAUUGCCAGAGGGGCUGAAUACGAACUGGAAGAAAAGGCAGGAAACAAGAAGGAGGCAUUUGGUCUCUAUCUUUACCUAUGCUCCAUGCGCAGAAACAAAACAAACAAAAUAGCUGAGACGAACAAAAUAGCUGAAUGCGUCUAUGCGAUACUAAGGGAGCUGCCUGAAUUCAGGGAGGCCCUCGACUGUGGAAUUGCGCUCCUGGUUGCGAACAGGGGCGUCCUGGACGUCGAUCGAAUCGAAAACGGCCACCUGCGCCAGCACGGCCACUUCGUGCUCUCGAUCCACGGGCAGGCGACUCAGCGGAUUCCGAUCCGCCCUGAGCUCGUCCUCGACGAGGAGGAGUUUGCGGUCUUCGAGCACUUCAUCGGCCGUGGCACGGCCGAUCUGCUGCUCCGUCGGAGCAGAACGUUCCUUGGCGCCGUCAUCGGCGCCAUUGAAAUCGUGAGACGGUCGNUCGAAAACGGCCACCUGCGCCAGCACGGCCACUUCGUGCUCUCGAUCCACGGGCAGGCGACUCAGCGGAUUCCGAUCCGCCCUGAGCUCGUCCUCGACGAGGAGGAGUUUGCGGUCUUCGAGCACUUCAUCGGCCGUGGCACGGCCGAUCUGCUGCUCCGUCGGAGCAGAACGUUCCUUGGCGCCGUCAUCGGCGCCAUUGAAAUCGUGAGACGGUCGCUGCCAAAGAGCGAAAUUGCUGCCAUUUUGGAGGCGAUUCCCGAGGACGCCGAAAUGAGGGAGCUGAGGGCGCUGCUGCUCCACGGCGCGGCCGCGGCCGUGGAGCGGAACGAGAAGGCGGCUGCCCGCAUCUUCCGACGCGUCAUCGGCCGAGUCGGCGACUGCCUCGAGCGGCCGCUGCUGCUCGCUGCGCUCCACGUUGCCGUUGCUCGCCUCUGCUCGCGCCUCUUCGCGAGGGAGGAGGCGCCUGAGCACCGGUCUCGCGCCGUCUUCCACGUCAAUGCCGCCUACUCGUUGAACUGCUCGAAAUAUUUCUAUUCGAUGGGCAGCAUCCUCUACGACGUGAGGGAGUACGAGCACGCCCUCUUCGUUCUUGGCCGAGUUGCCGAUGGCGGAGCCAAGGGCGUCUCCUGCUGCGUCCUAUCGAACUCGAAUAAGCUGCUUGGUCGCAUCUACUUCAAGUACAACAUGUACGAGACAGCGAUAGAGCACUUUCGUGCUGCAUUGCACGAGUGUGGUGAGGCUGACUACGAUGCUCUUCUCUACCUGGCUGAGAUGUACAAGAAGAUGAAUGAUUUGAGUAACACGGUUGAAUGCUACCAGGAAUACUUGAGAAGGAGUAUUGGGAAGAAUAAUGGGAAGAAUAAUGAAAAGAAUAGUGAGAAUAGGCAAAGAAUACAGGAAUACUUAGAAGAGUGUAGUGGUAGUGGUAGUAGGGUGGUAUAG